AUGGAUGAGAGCUCCCGAGCCACCGAGGCCGACGUCUACGCGGCAAACCUUGAAUUCACCUUAAAAGAGCUACAACGCAAGGUUCGCGACCACCAAGCCGAGCUCGAAAAAAUACGCUCAUCUCAAACAGAAACCCCCCUAUCACCAGAAGACCAAGCCAUCGUGAUAAAAACAGCCCUAACAAACAUCAACACCACAUCAGAGCCCUUUCUCCCCUUCGCAGGCUCCGUUCUUCCGUCCCUCCUGGCCCUACGGCGCGCCCACCAAACCAUCACCGAAUCAAGGACCUACCUCGAAUCCCAUGCCUCCGAAGCAGAUUGUGAACGCAAGCAACUCGAUUCUGACCGCACCAACCUCAAAGAUCAGCACCUUCUCACCGAUGCGCUCACGUCCCGGAUCGCGGCCCUCCAGCGAGAAAUCGCCGCCAAGGCUGAGAUGCGGCCCGAGGACAGUGCCCGCGAGAAAAUGGACGAGCUGCGUGUCAAAACAAAAAACUACGACAGGGAAAGGAAGCAGCUCAUGAGGGCAUUGUUGGACUUCAUUGAUAAUCAGCUGGCACCCAUGCUGGCGGCGGAGGAGCUGGGCGGUCCUGUGGUGGGGGAUAUCAUAGAAGUUGAUCCCGAUGAGUUGGCGGCUGGCUUCAAUACCCAGGGGAAGUUGAAGAAGCCCAAGGGCGGAGAGGAGGAUAAGCGACAGAGGAGGAUAGAUGAGAUUUGGGGAGCGGCGGCUGGCCGAGCCGGUGCCGGCGGUGGUAGUGGUAGUGGUAGGGUGGAUGGCGAGGAGGAGAUUGCAGCAGCGGGGAGGGAAAUGCGCGAGCUGACGGAGGAGUUGUCAAAUAGGCUGGUUCAGGCAAAGGGGGAUAAUUCGGCGUCGUAUGUAGUGCUGGAGAGGGAGUCGGCUGCGGCGAGAUUUCUGGUGAGGAGUAAGGUUGCGCAGUUUCAUCCCAAGGAUGCAAAUAAGUUGAGGUUGAUCGAUUUUGGAAGAGAUUUGGAGAAUUGA